AGUACCGUUUCGUUGAGAACAGUCUAAUUUUGCUUACCUUUUCGUGUGCAUAUAACGUCAUAUUGAAAGCGUGUGGAUUUUAGUCAGAAAAAUGAAGACAUUUAUCUUCGUGCUCGUUCUGUUUGCUUUGGCUUUCGCCGAUGAAGAAAAGAGAUUUUUGUUGGACGAUAAAUGUAACGAUGAUAGCGACUGUCCUGGCCAAUGCUGCCUAGAACGUUAUUGGAUAGGAAAGAAGUGCCAUGAUUAUAUCUCGGAAGGAAGUCGAUGCUAUCAUAGUUCUCUCGGCUGUGGAUGCGAGCCAGGAACCUCUUGCCAAUACGUAUCAGGUGGCGGAGUUUUGGGUCUCCCUUCUUACAGAUGUGUUUCUGAUGGAGGCGAAGGAUCUGGGUCGUUGUAAAACAAACGUCAUUGCAUAAACAUGUAAAGUUUGUGAAGAAUAAUUAGCUAAUAAUUAAACGUAAAGAAAAACAA